ACUUCAAAUUUUAAAUUCUAACUGUGGCGAACGUUACUUCGACAGUGUAACUCUGUUCCGUGUAAAAUAUUGAAUUGUUUUAUUUAAUUGUAUAUAACCAUGACUGAAUUCAGAACACCAAUAAAAAACAAAGCUUUAGAUGUAAAUGAAAAGAUAACUAUACCACCUUCACCGUUCUUAAAUCGCCUGGGAUAUGGAACAGGUGUAAACGUAAUGCAACUAGUGAGAUCUCCCCGAGCGGGACAGAUUCGUUCACCGUGGGCUCUUAAAAUGUUGAACAAACGUGUUAAGCCCAACAAAGUGUACACCGAGCGGAUCAAGACGGAGGCUGAUCUCCUGCAGCGCAUGUCACACCCCAACAUCGUCGGGUUCCGAGCGUUCAGCAAGGGAAAGAUCCUGUACUUAGGAAUGGAAGCCUGUGACCUGUCCCUCGGUGAUAUGAUUGAAAAGAGGAUUGAAGAUAAUGGAGAACCAUUCUUACCUAAACAGAUUUUGAAAGUUGCAUCAGACAUAGGUAAUGCUCUGGACUACCUGCACACCAAGAUGCAGAUCUUGCACGGAGACAUGAAGUCCUACAACAUCCUGGUCAAUGGGGACUUUGUUAUCUGUAAGCUGUGUGACUUCGGAGUGACCUUGCCACUUGACGAGAAUGGUGUGGUUGACAGGAGGAAGGCGGGGAAAGCUGUGUAUUUUGGAACAGAAGCAUGGAGUGCUCCUGAGGUGAUUCAUGGUGGUGAGAUCUCCAGCAAGACAGAUGUGUGGCCGCUUGGGUUGACACUGUGGGAGAUGAUGGCGCUCAUGCCGCCGCACACACAAACAGAGGAUGAUGACUCAAUGGAUGAUAGUGUGCAGUGCCUGGACGAUACCACGGACAGUGUGGAGGACUACUUUUCAGAUAGAUAUGGUACACGCCCAGCGGUGCCUGUAAACAUCUCGGAGAAGCAGUAUGCACACCCACUGGCGCUGUUCUACUGCUGCACGGAGACCAUGCCCGCCAUGAGGCCUUCUGCCCAACACCUGGCUGUGGCCGCGCGGGACAUGCUGGACCAGUGUGACAGGAUCAAGCUCAACUCACUAGAGUCAUAGUAAUGUUUUUAUUAUCAUUUAAGGAUUUCACAUGAUGGACUCUUAAUGUAUUUACAACCAAACAUUGCACCAAAAGAAUUUGACGUAAAGAUGUACUCUCCAAAAUAUCCCAUACUUCAAUUUAAUUUCAGAAGUACCUAGGCAGGUACAUUAUUAGUAUUAGUUAUUGACGAAUUUAUGCCCUGACCUGGGCAAACCCGUAACAUACACGCUAGCGUAUAAUGUUUUCCGCCUGGCCGUAAUUAGUUUUACUUAGUGAUAUGAAGUGUAGAAUCUCUACCAUUAGGUGGUAAAAUUACUUGUGUAUUUUACUUGCAUUAUGUUUUAAGUUGUUGAUUGGAUUUCGUCAAACAUGAUUGUAGUAAUAAUGUUAUUUGAGCAAUCAAAUUGAUUAAUGAGUGCCUAGAGUUGAUUAGUUGACCACUAAUCUUGACAUUUAAAGCCUGAUUUUCGUUCGUGGCUACCACUGACUAGUGUAAUUGACAUGUAAUGUGUAGUAGCGACCUGAAUAGGUUAGCAUAAGGUUUUGUAAAGCUGGCCUGGUUUGCUAGUAAUAAUGUAUUGAUAAUUAUUGUAUUGUUUUUAUUACCUGACUCUUUUUACUGUAGUGCCAGCUAAUGCACAGAAACCCAGAACUGCCCGUGUAGAACAUACAAAUGCUUUUUCGGAGUUUUUGUCUUUGUGUAUGUUAUAUAUAUGAUGGGCAAAACCCACGCCGAAGACGCACGUUUUGGAAAAGGAGGGAAAGGCUGGAAAGGAUUAUGGUAUUGACUUGUGUAAUAAAACUACAUAUUUGUAAGUAAAACAUGAUAUUAAAAAACAACUGUACUGAUUAACAUAACAAUGUAGUAACUUAUCUACACCAACACAGCUAUGUACUGAUACAUGUUAAUUAAUGUACUUAUUAAUAAGUUA